AUGCUUCCCACAACCAUCUUCGCCUCCGUCGCCGCCCUGGCCGUUGGUUCCCAAGCCGCCGCUAUCCUCCCCCGCAACAAGCACGUCGCCGACUUUCGCCUCUUCGGCGAAAAGGGCUGCUACGCCAAGAACCUCGGCAUCUGGACAGUCAUUGAUGACGACUUCAAGAACAACGAAUGCAAGAGUCUCAACGAUGAAACCGUCAAAUCUGUAACUACCGUCGACAUCAACAAGGGAUGCAAGCUGUACGUCUUUACCGAUGCCGCAUGCCGCCACGGCCGCCAAUUGGUGCCCGAGCGCGCAUGCAGAGGCGCCCCAGAAGGGUUCAGGGCCUGGGCCAUGGAGUGCCUUUAG